GAGCUGGAUCAGAGGGGAGCAUCCACCUCGGCAGCGCGCGUCACGUGACCACCUUGUCUGCUGCUGGCCGAGUGAAGCGUGUUAGCAGGUUUUUCUAUUUUGUACAUACAGAGUUUUGUAUAUACUGUAUAUGAUGAGCUUGCUGGGCGGCGACAAGGCCCGGGGUCCUCGGGAAAAAGCGCUGCCAGCGGCCCCUCACACACCACAGCCACAGAAGCAAAUACAGGCUACUGCUGAGCAGAUCCGGCUUGCUCAGAUGAUCUACGACAAGAAUGAUGCUGACUUUGAGGACAAAGUUAACCAGCUGAUGGAGGUGACUGGGAAGAAUCAAGACGAGUGCAUGGUAGCUCUUCAUGACUGCAAUGAGGACGUUAGCAGAGCCAUCAACUUCCUCCUGGAGAGCACUUCGGACAUGACCUCAUGGGAGACGGUGGGGAAGAAGAAGCCUCUGGUGAAGGAGAGCCCAUCAGAGAGCAAAGAGAACAAGGAGAACCGGGAGAAGAAAGGGGAGCGGGAGGCCAGCAAGGGCCGCGCCUCAGCCAACCGCAAAGGGAAGGGGGCCAGUCGGAACCGGCAGGCACGUCCAGAGGAGAACGGUGUGGAGGCGACUCCACUGGACAAAGGUUCGGAUCGAGGUCGAAGAGCCAGGGGAAGCAGAGGGUCAGGAGGUCGGGGUCGAGGCAGAGCGCCGCCUGGAAGCAGGUUCUCAGCACAGGGAAUGGGGACUUUCAACCCAGCGGACUACACCUCAGAGUCUGGGACCGGGACCACACAGACCGAGGUUUGGGACACAGCCAACAGCAACAACAACAGCAGCAGCACAGAUGGGACAGUUGCCUGGAGAAAUACCAUGGAAGACUGGACAGCCGAGGAGUGGAAUGAAGAUGUCAGUCUUUCAGAGACCAAGGUUUUCACCUCCUCAAGUGCACCUGAUGUUGAGAACCAUAUCACCCCUGGGCAAAGUCUGGACCUGGCUUCUCUGCUGCAAAAGCCUGGAGUAGGAGGAAGAGAGCCACCUUCCUCUUCUUCCACACCGAGUCUGGUGUUCACCAACUCCCACCACCAUCAGCAACCGCCACCCAGCCGCAGCACGACCAGCAGCACGAGCUACGCCCACGCUGCGCUGUCUUCGGUUCUGGGGGCUGGUUUUGGGGACUUGGGCCAAGCCAAGAAGCCUCAGCCGAGUCCUGGUGCUCAGAUCCUGGAACAGCUCAAGGGUCCCGGUUUGGGCCAGCUGCCCUCAUCCCAGGCUGCCCCUCCUGUCAGCACCCAAGGAAGCAACACCUCCACAGGUCGACUGCCGGGUCUGGGAGCCCCGGUACCGCCGCCAUCAUCCUCGAGCUGGGACAUGAAAGCUUCAGAGUCCAACAGCACAUCCUUGUCCUCGCAGUUCAGUCGUGAAUUUGGGCUGCAGCCGGAGCCUUCUCUUGUUCUGAGCCAGCUGGUUCAGAGGCACAGUGGGCCCUCCCUGCCUCUGGCGCGCCAGUCCAGUCCACCCAUGCAGCAGCAAGCAGCCCCUGCUUCAGCCUCGCCUGCUCCCCAACACAUCAGCACGCCAGCACAGGUCGGCCCGGUGACGGCUGCUGCUGGCACUAAGCCUGGCGCUCCCAGUCCGGGGCUGGACUCCCACGGGAGCAGCACGCCGCAGCAACAGCGGGGGCAACUCAAAGGCCCGAAACGAAGGAUACCUCCUACAUCGAAGAUCCCAUCCACAGCAGUAGAAAUGCCGGGCUCAGCUGAUGUUCCAGGGUUAAACCUCCAGUUUGGAGCUCUGGACUUUGGUUCAGAGUCGGCACUGCCAGAGUUUGGGGUCGUGGACAACUGUGUGAGCGCAGUGUCCCGGGAGUCCACGCCGGCGCCCGCCCCAGCAUCACCUGCAUCAGGACCAGGGACCCAAAGCCACACAAGUCUGUACUCAAAACCUCUCAGUGAGUCGCUGGGCAGCUCUCUCUCAGUCGCCCUCCCUUCGCCCCUCUCGUCGUCGGAACCGGUGUAUCACUCCUCCAGCGCGGCCAUGCCCAGCCUCACGCCAUCGUUGGGGACAAACAGCCCCGCUAACCCUCCGUCGUCCACCUCAGCGACCUCAACCACCUCAUCUUCUGCACCUCCUACCUCCUCCCACUUCUCCUCAGUAGGGGGGAGUUACGAAGGCACAAUGCCCCCUCACACACGGCUCGCUUUUUCCCAGAGCAAGGAGCCAACGGGGCCGGUGAUGAAUGGUCUGAAUGGUGUGAGAACUUCAGCUGCUCUAGACACGUCAUCGGCUUCUUCCACACCAAAGCCAGAGUCGCCGUCUGUGAACAUCAACGCCAACGGUCCCUCAGCGUCCUCCCACCUAACCCCCACGCUGCCGCCUCACAGCUCCACCACGCUCUCCAGCCUGACACAGGACCUGGCGUCAGCCAACCAGCUGAACUCGCUCAACAGCCAUGUCAGCAGCCAUUCCUCGGUUUCAGCUCUGGGAUCAAGUUCUCUCACUUAUACGAGUGUGGACAGCAGCAACGUGAGCUCCCUCACUCCCUCGUCCAGCUCCUACACAUCUUCGCAGCCCACAAACUCAUCGCUCCACUCGGCCCACAACAGCAGCAACAGUAGCAGCAUCAGCCACCUGGCCAACAUGCCCAGCAUGGGCAGCAACAUGAGCAGCACGGUCGGCGGCAUCACAGGCACCAGCGGGUUCCACUCGGCCGCCGCCAUCGCCACCAGCACGGCGCUGGGACUCGGCUCCAACGGAGCCACAGCCGCGUCCAACCUCUCCGCACCGAGGACCACGGCGCUGCUCUCCUCCACCGGCAAAACUCCUCCCAACCUUUCCCAGGGAGUGCCUCCUCUACUACCAAACCAGUAUAUAAUGGGACCAGGAGGCCUGCUGCCCGCUUACCCGCAGAUUUACGGCUAUGAAGACCUCCAUAUGCUCCAGUCUAGACUGCCAAUGCCCUCUCUGCAGGAUUACUAUGGAAUCACAUUCCCUGGACCCACAGCAGCUCUCUCUGGCAGAGACGGGAGUCUAACCAACAACCCCUAUUCAGGUGACAUCACAAAGUUUCCCCGGAACGACUCCACCUCCCCAGCGCCCCCUACCAGCCUGGCAGCCCCCCAGCCUCCCCAGGCCCAAAGCCAAGGUCAGAGCCAGGCGCAGCCUCAGCCCCCCCAGGCGCAGCCCCCUGCCCAGCCACAGCACCACAGCAGCCAGCAGGCCUUUCUGCCGCCGGGCUACAGCUACACGGGCCUGCCGUACUACCCCGGCGUGCCCGGCGCCGUGCCCAGCGCCGCCGCCUUCCAGUACGGCCCCACCAUGUUCGUCCCGCCCGGAGGCCCCGGGCCGGCCUCGGCGAAGCAGCACAGCAUGAGCCUGGGCCUGGGCAACCCCUCGGCCAGCCCCUUUCAGCAGCAGGCGCAGCAGCAGCCCAGCGGUUACGGCCAGCACGCCUUCAGCUCAGGUUAUGAGGAGCUGACAGCAGGGCCAGCGGGAGUAGAGUACAGUAAAGGUUACAACUCCUCUUCACAGGCACAAGCCAAAUCUGCUGCUGCAGGGCCUGGAAAAGGAGUCUCAGUGACAUCCAGUAACUCCGGCGUGCCAGACAUCAGUGGAAGUGUUUACAAUAAGACCCAGUCUUUCGAUAAGCAGGCUUUCCAUGCAGGGACCCCCCCUCCGUUCAGCUUGCCGUCGGCCCUCGGGGGUCCCGGACCGCUGAACCCCGGAGCAGCUCCUGGAGGCUAUGCACCCCCCCCGUUCCUCCACAUCCUGCCUCACCAGCAACCACACUCACAACUGCUGCACCACCACCUCGCUCAGGACGGACAGGGCGGGCCGAGCCAGCGUGGUCAGUCCAGCAGCCUGCAGCAGAAGAGCCAAGUCAACAAGUCGAGCUACGGCAGCUCCCCUUACUGGGCCAACUGAGACGGUUGCUUCUGUAGAGAGAGAGUGUGUGUGUGUGUGUGCGUGUGUGUGUGUGUGCGGACAUACACACACACACGGGUCGAUGCCGCGCAAUCGUAGAGGGACAGAAGCGUUUUUACAACACAAGCUAAAACACACACACACACACUACCAUCCCCCCGUCCUCCCCCCCUUUGCUCUGUAUAUCCCCCUUUUCAAAUUUAUGGCUGUUGUAUGUAAAAUAUAUUUAUGUAUUUAUACAGUAUAUAUGUAUUGGUAGGACAUAAAAUGUGGUUUUCUGCAUUGUUUUUAUUUUGAAGGACAUUUUAUUUCAAAAAAAAAAAAAGAGAAAAAAGAAAGUGGAACGAUGAGAAUGCUAAACCAUGGAGAUAAAGUUGGUGAAUAUACUUGAACACAAGCAUCUUGUGAUGUGAUUUUUCUUUGUUUGCAACCAUAAACUGAGAAUGGUGUACAUAGAUUAUACGCAUCAUUUUCAAAGCAAAAGGCCUUUUUUUAUUAUCAUUAUUAUUAUUAUUAUUAUUUUGGGGAAACAAAAAAAACUAUGUUUUUGUAACAUUUGGUCGCCCGCAUCUGUGAAUCCUCAUACUGAGGGCGACUUUUAAUAGCUUGACUUCUCUUCUUUCUCCCAGUUUCUUUCCAUUUGUCUCUCAUUCCUGACUUCUCACUUGUUGGCUGGUUUGGUCGGCCAAGCCUUGGAUUUGAUGUCAUUUUAAUCCUUGUUGUCCAAAUUAAAAGUUAUUAACAGUU